AUGCAGCUCAAGUGGAUAUUUAUCCUAACAAUGAUCCUUCUUUUGAAUGCAAACAUCGUUUUCUCAGACCCUGGCUUCAAACUACUACAUUCUCGCAGUGGUACUGAUACUAAGCAGAAACCCGAACCAGACCUUUUUAUGAUGUUGGCAUCUCUCUAUGAGAAAAAAAUGUUUCUGGAAAAACGAACAUCCAACACGCCACCUCCGCUAAUUGGGUUUCACACUUCGUGCAUGGAAAUGGAGAUCAUUAGCGUUGAAGAAGAUUCAAAAAGCGCAUUGUUGCUCUUGUAUUACAAGGACAGUUAUAAUGUAAGCCAGAGCGAGCUACUGAACGUCACGGCAAAGAGAUCUAAAAAGAACCUCCCUGUUCUGGAAUUUCGUUUUGAGGAGCCAUUCAACCCAAAUCUAACAGGGAGAGCAGUUGAAUAUUUGGUCAUUAACACAGAUUAUACUUCUUGUUAUAUCCUAAAGACGUCAACUAGGAAAGAGUGCACAUUCUGGAUUCUACAUACAGAAGGUGACGGAGAAGCCCCAAAAAAAUGCAAACCGCCGGAGCGUCCUCCCUGUGUCCAGGAAGUCUACGGUCUUCGUGAAACUACCCAGUGCAGUCAUUCAAAUACGGCCGAUGUUCCCACAAGGAUACCUGAAAAUCCUAUCACUCCUAGUGGUUCUACACCUCCCAGCAGUCCAACGACUCCCAGCAGUCCAACGACUCCCAGCAGUCCAACGACUCCCAGUCGCGCUAGCACUCCCAGUCAAGCGAAUGACCUGUUCUCUGAAUCUAAAAACAAUGACAUCUAUCUCAGAUACAAAUCUUCCACGUCCGAUCUUUAUUUACUCGGGUUUCCCGCAACAUGCGCAAAAAUGGAGUUCCUCGAAGCAAAAUAUGACACAAAAAGCGCACUAUUGACAAUGGACUACAAAGAUCCAAAUAAAGCAUGGUAA